AUGUUUAAUGUUAAGAAACAUCUUCCGCGUGUCUUAGCGUUGGUUGCAGGAUGUUUAGGAAUGGCGAUUGCCGGGUCUGUCUAUGCAUAUGGUGCCUAUAUAGUGGCUGUAAAGAAGCAUUUCAACUAUACCCAGCCUGAAGUUGAAUUGUUUGGUUCGAUGUCAAACUUCGGAAUAUCUCUAGGAUUUCCUGCUGGUAUUGUAUGCGAAAAGUUCGGACCAAGAAUAGCAUCUUUAUGCGGGCUCAUCAUAGCUUCGGCUGGGUUUACAUUAUUAUGGAGUGCUACAUUAACGGAGGAGUUUUAUGCGAACAAAGCAGGAUUACAAGAUAUCUACUAUUUUAUUUCAGGUUUUGGAGCAAUAUUCUUAUACAUGGCUGCCAUGACAACGAACGUCAUCAACUUCAGUCCAAAACAUCGUGGAAAAAUAAUCGGUUUAUUAGACGCUUCAUUCAGUGGAGGACCGGCAGUGAUGUCAUUUCUUUACGGUGUUCUUUUUGCAAAAGGACGCAAUGCUGAGGACCAAAAUCUAACAGGCUUUUAUCUGACAUCCGCAAUAUGUUUUGCCAUUAUAGGAAUGUUUGGAACAGUUUUUCUUAAAUUCUAUCCAUAUAAUCCGGACCCAGAUGAAGAGAUCAUAAUUAAUACUGAAGAUUCUGUCAAUUCAAAAACACAACAACACAGUGAAGACAUCACUGGGUUGUCUCUCAUUAAGAGAUUUGACUUUCAUUUUAUAGCAUGGGGUUAUAUUAUGUGUGCUGGACUACAACUGAUGUUCCAGAAUAAUAUUGGAACUUAUUUAGCGUCAUACGACAUGACAAAAUUUACGACAGUUUUUACUACAAUCAAUCCAGUUUGUGGUAUUCUGUCAAAAUUUUUUGCUGGUUUUUUAUCUGAUGCACUUGUAGAAAGAUAUCCUAGAGUUGUCGUUCUUUUUGGAUUUAACAUAAUGCAGACAAUAUUUCUAGCGCUUUCUAUAUUCUUUUCUGACAAGUUUGCCAUGAUUCUAGUCGUCAAUUUAGUUAUUGGGUUUUCAAAUGGUGCUCUUUGGUGUCUAACGCCGACUAUGAUCAGCGAAUUUUAUGGAUUGAAAUAUUUUGGACGUAACUGGGGUUCUAUAAUGCUUGGUAACGCAUUUGGUGGACUUCUAUUACAACAAGCUUUUGGAUGGUUGUACGAUAGUAGUAUUCGGUUCAAAGGUCAAACAGACUGCAGUGGCUUGCAUUGCUUUACGCUAAGUUUUACCUUGGCUGCAGUGCUAUCGUUCUGUUCCUGUAUAUUUAACCUUGGUCUUCUGCAAGGUGAAUUAGACAAAAAACGCAAAUCAGAAGCAAAUUAAAUCUGAUAUACACUUUUCACAUUCAAAUCACGCUAAUUUCUAACAAAAAGAUAACCGAAUUUACAGACUUUUGUUCCGAAAGAAACUGAAUUUCGUGCGUCUGAUGCGUUCUAAGUGUCGGAAUUUACGAUGGAAAAGAUAUAUAUACAUAUGUGUAAGGCUGGACCUUGAUUGAUAUGAAGUAUGUUCAAAACUAAUUUAAAAAUGAAAUAUAGAAGACCUUGAGAUGCAAGAUUUAUUGCGAAGGCUGUUAUUUUGGUUUUGUUAUUGUUUUUCUGUUAUCUUCCUUUAAAAUCAAAACUUAUUUUGUCUGAUAUUGCUUAAAUCCGUCCAGUAAUUACCACAUGUGUCGUGUCUUACUUGUUUCAAUGAAAUAAAAUGUGAUUGCAUAGUACAAUUAAAAGUUACUUCAA